UAUUUUCUCUUCUUUGGAGCUCCAAAAGUGGUCUUCUUUGUGGUCCGUGAUCACCGAGCCUCAGGUAUCAAAAAAAGUGGACCAGUUGAUGUAGUGUUUUGGAUCUGGGCAUACUAGAAUUGAAUUCGUUAGUUAAGUUGAAAUGGGAAAAAUGCCUGAGAAUGUGGAACACACAGCUGAGAAUAUUCUGAACAACAUUAUGGAAAGCUUUGCGGACAGUGUUCCAAAGCAGAAGUCUGUCAGAUUUUUUGAAGAAGGAAAUUCAGUCUCAUCCAAGAUGAACAAAUUGUUUGGCCGUCAGAAUUCUGUACACAAUAUUCUUGGCGGUGGAAAAUCUGCUGAUGUGUUGCUGUGGAGAAACAAGAAGAUAUCUUCAAGUGUCCUGACUGCUGCCACUGCUGUUUGGGUUCUCUUUGAGUGGCUUAAUUAUCACUUUCUGACUCUUGUCUGCUUUGGACUGGUCAUUGUAAUGAUCAUUCAGUUUGUGUGGUCUAAUGCUUCGGGUGCCCUGAACAGGUCCCCUUCUGAAGUGCCCCGUCUUGUUUUGCCUGAUGAUCUAUUCGUGAAUGCUGCUGUUGCAGUCGGUGCCCAAAUCAAUCAAUUUUUGUGUUUCAUUCAAGAUGUUGCAUGUGGAAGAAAUUUGAAGCAGUUUGUCAUGGUUGUAGCAGGUUUGUGGGCAGCUGCUGUGAUAGGGAGCUGGUGCAAUUUUCUCACGGUGCUCUAUAUCGGUUAUGUUUCUGCUCACACACUGCCAGUAGUCUAUGAGAAGUACGAAGAUGAAAUAGAUGACUUCAUAUAUAAACUCCUUGGGCAGUUCCAGAGCCAAUACCAGAAACUAGACGGGAGUUUGCUGAGCAAAAUACCAAAAGGAACCCGCAAAAUGAAGAAAUCUGAUUGAUGCCAUGUUAUCUUGUGCUGUGCUUCCGAUGACUGAUCUGAUGCCAUGUUAUGUCUAUAUAAAUCAGAUCUAGAUUCAUCGUAUCUGUAUUGGAAAUUAAACUUCAACUCUGUCUGAUUAAUAUCAGAACCAAACUCCAAUUAUCCGUAUCUGCGAUUCAUGUUGCAUGACCUACCUGCAAAACAAUUCAUGCUAAAUUCAUGCCGUUUUGUAGGUGAAAGUUCUGGCAAAGUUAGAGAUGAUUGACAGAAAGCGUUGGACUUCAUUGACGACACUAUAAAGCCGGACAAAUUGAUGAAAUCUGAAUACAUCUUCAGGAAACAAUCAAAGAAGCCUUUGAACACAGAAAGUAUGGGUACUAAAAUCUUCUGUCUUGUUUUACUGAUCAUCUUUGUGUUGUGCAGUGAUCUCCUGUGCAUUUCCGGCCGGCCUCUUCACGAGUGGGAAUUCUCAGCUUCGGAAAUAGCCAGUCCUUCAUUGCCGAAGUCUGGACUCAAAACCAAAACAUCAUCAGCAUCAUUGGUUCCGAACAGACGUAUUCUGCCGCCAUUGCCCGAGGAGGUAAAUUCUUCAGGGAAAUGGCUGCCAAUGCCGAAUCUUAUACCGUCACUUCCAGUUCCAAGUCCAUCAACAAUACCAAGCAAUGGCAUGCCUGGUUUUCCUCUUGUCCUUCCUCCAUUACUUGGUUGGGGUUCAAACCCUAAUCCUUCUCAGCCAAGACUUCCGAUCGGUGUCACCAAGACAGCAAAUGUUAAGCCAUGAAUUAUGCUUUCUGUGAGCAAUUCGCAGUUGCUUGCAUCUUAUGUUUUAUGUUCUAGUUUUUAUUUUUAUGUUUGCUAGUGAAACUGAAAAAGGAAGAAUGGUAUUACGAUCUUAUGAUGUUAUUCUCUUCAUCAAUGCAGUGCUUUUCUCAGUUC